UAUGCAUGACAUAGAGUUUCUGAAUAUCUAAACUAGCUAGCUUCUGCUUCGUUUGUGAUAUAUGCUAACAUGUAUGGUGGCGAUCACCAUGACAAUGGGUUUGAUUUGGUUACUUAUAUUAGGUAGACGAAUAUGGAUGACCAGCAAGCAGGUCGUGAGCUUAUAUCCAUGACAUACACCUGGACAAUCGACAACUUCUCUAAGCUCAAAUCCCGGAAACAUUACUCCGAUGGUUUCGUCAUCGGCGGUUUCAAAUGGCGGAUCGUGGUGUAUCCAAAGGGCACCGGUGGGAGGCAAGACUUGUCCAUGUACUUGAAUGUUGCAGAUGCUUCUAAGUUACCAUCCGGGUGGAAUAGAUAUGCUGAAUUCUCCCUGACUGUCGUUAAUCAAUUUAACAGCGACAAGUCCAUAACUAUAGACACUCAGCAUCAGUUUUGUGCCAAAAAAAGUGAUUGGGGCUUCACAUCAUUCAUGCCUCUAAGUGAGCUUUAUGACCAGAAUGAAGGGUAUAUCGUGGAUGACAUAUGUAUUGUUGAAGCUGAGGUUGCAGUAAGUAAAGCUGACAUUAAGAUUCUUAAAGACCAAGAGCAGGAACUUCAAAGUCAGUCAUCAGAUGUGGAUUCUGUGAAAUUUUCAGAUGCUUCAACAACACAUACAUCACUUUCUUAUGAACAGAUGCUCGCUCUCCAGGAUACAGUAAUUUCUGACCCUGUGAAAGUUCCAAGCUUGCAAAUAAAACCAAGCUCUGGCCAAGUGCUUCCAUACCAGGAGACUGAUAGCCCAGUUGGCCCUCCCGUAGUUGAGGAAAGCGAUGAAGCUCCCACCACACCAAUUGGUGAGAAGAUAAAUUUCAGGGGAUUAGGAAAUAUAGAUAAAGCUUAUGUUCCACUAUUGGAGGAAGUCUGUUCAUGUCAUCCUUCGUUGAUUAGUAGCCAGAGGAAAAGAAGUCGCAUGUUUAGUGAGUGGGCAUUCACAGCUUUGGGUCGAGUAUUGCAUUUUUUGAACACUACAAAGGUUAAGGAUAUGAUGGAGGAUUCAUGUGAGCACGAUCCUUGCGAGCAUCUUCAAGUUUUAUGGGAGGAGGUUGAGGCCUUCAGAUUUGACUUGAGCUGGCUGGAGCCCUCUGUUCAAUCAGCUUUGGGACUGAAUAAGUUUGGGGAGAGGGAAGGAGUAUUACAGAAACUGAGAGAGGAUGUUGAUUAUUUGGAGACUGAAAUGAAGGGGUUAAGGGAGAGGCUAGCUGCUGCUGAGAUAGCACAAGGGGUUGCAAAAAGGGACCUGGCAAAGGCAGAGGAAAGCUUCGGCGAGGCAAAUAUGAACAGCAAGCUUGGUUAUGGGAGGCAGUAGCUUAGCCGAGGAUUUUUCUCCCUGAUAUGCAGAGAUUUGCAAUGUGUGCAAACUCUAUUUCUAAUUCUCAUGAUAUGUAAUCCAGUUUCCUAACUUGUAACUAUUGUGUAUUCACUGCCUGUGGCUUCAGGCUCAGCAUAAUGCAGAUGCGAAUAAAGGAAACUAAUUUAGCU